UGUUGUAUGUAUAUACAUAGUACAAAGGACGAAUCAUUGCGCUACAUUCUUUUGGAAGAAUCAGAGGAAUUUAUGGUGCAUAUUUGUUGGACACGUUGUGUAUAACAGUGAUUUAUAUUCUUGAUAGUAAUCUUUAAUAUAAUCGUUUUCGUAAAUUUCUGACAAUUUUACUAAAAAAGUUAGCGAUAACAAAAAAAUGGCUCCGCGUGCAGAAGCAGUGCCAAAGGAAAUUUCAGAAGUUUCAAAAGAUGUACCGAGUAGAGGAAUUAAUGCAGUUUUAUUAGGACCACCUGGUUGCGGUAAGGGUACACAGGCACCGCUAUUGAAAGAACGAUACUGUGUAUGUCAUCUAUCUACAGGUGACAUGCUUCGAGCAGAAAUUAAUUCUGGAUCCGCUAUUGGAACAGAAAUUAAAAAAGUAAUAGAUGAUGGUAAAUUAGUCAGUGAUGAUCUUGUAGUUAAUAUGAUUGAUAGUAAUCUAGAUAAACCUGAAUGUAAACGUGGUUUUUUGUUGGAUGGUUUUCCUAGAAGUGUACCACAAGCUGAAAAACUUGAUGAAAUGUUAAAGAAGAGACAAACCAAGUUAGAUGCUGUGGUAGAAUUUGGAAUUGAUGAUAAUUUGUUGAUAAAGAGAAUCACAGGUCGUUUAAUACAUCCUGCAAGUGGCAGAUCGUACCAUGAAGAAUUUUCUCCUCCUAAAGAACAUAUGAAAGAUGAUAUUACUGGAGAGCCAUUAAUUAAAAGAUCUGAUGAUAAUGCAGAAACAUUGAAGAAACGAUUAGCAACAUAUCAUACACAAACUCAACCUUUGAUUGAUUAUUAUACUUUACAAGGGGUUCAUUAUUAUGUUAAUGCAGCUCAAUCUCCUAAAAACGUUUUUAAAGACAUUGACCACAUUUUCCUAAAAACAACUAAAGAAGAGAAAAAAAAAGGUUUCUUCAGUUGGCUCUUUUAAAAUGUUGAAUAAAGAAAUAUACCUCGUUUUUCUCUUGUAAACUAAAGGCAAUAUGUAGUUAAUUGAAAAAAGCUUUAGUAUCAAAAUGACUUUUAACUGAAGUUAGUAAUCUAGGUAUAUGAUUUCCCAUUUAAAAAUAAUUUACGCUACUUAUAGUCAGUACAAUGUGUAUUUUUUGAACAACUAAUAUAGAGUACAUUAAAUGAAACAUUAAACAAAAGAAGAGAAAAUAAAAGUGCAUACUGCAUUGGUUAAAUUGCAAAUAAUGUAUAUGUUUUAAAAAGAACUAUUACAAGCUAAUAAGUCAAAUGCACACAUUUUAAUAAUAGAACAAGUUUGAUAUAAUACUUUGAUAUGUAAAACCAUUUAAGUGCAUAAGAGAAUAACAUAUGUAUAUAUAAUGGAAGACAUGAUUUACUUACUUAAAUACUGUUAUAGAGUAUAUUUUCAUUUCUUUUUACUGUAUUUCUUUGAGACAUACAUUUCGUAAGACUUGUAACAUUCUCUGCAUAAAAUAUAUAUAUCAUUCCUUAGA